AUGGACUCGACCAUCUUUGCAUUCUUCUUCAUUGCUCUUCUUUCCACCACAAGAGCUUUUGAUCCAUGCCCAUCUUUGAAACCGAAAUCGGAUGGCUCAGAUCUUUCCAUCAUCCACAUCUACGGCAAAUGUUCACCAUUCAACUCACCUAAACCGGCAUCGUCAUGGACCACCACAGUCCUCAACAUGGCCUCCGAAGACCAUCAAAGGCUAACCUACUUAUCGAGUCUGGUUGCCACCAAGCCCAAAACUUCGGUGCCAAUUGCACCGGGCCAAGUCAUAAACAUCGGUAAUUAUGUGGCCCGUGUGAAAAUUGGCACACCUGGCCAGCUCAUGUUCAUGGUGCUGGACACCAGUGCAGACACCGCAUGGGUUCCAUGCAGUGGCUGUACCGGUUGUUCAUCAACUAUGUUCUCUCAAAACUCGUCUGCUACUUACGAGGCAGUAGAUUGUGCAACUUCUGAGUGUGUCCAAGCCCGUGGGCUUUCAUGUCCUACGGCUGAACCCUCUAACUGCUUGUUUAAUCAAUCGUAUGGUGGUGAUUCCUCACUUUUAGCUUCGCUAUCUCGUGACUUUCUACAAUUAGCCAAUGAUACAAUUCCUAGUUAUCUUUUCGGGUGCAUUGGUGCUGUCUCGGGAAAAUCAAUCCCUCCGCAAGGGUUAUUAGGCUUGGGCCGUGGAGCAAUGUCAGUACUUUCCCAGUCUGGAUCAAUUUACUCCGGUGUGUUCUCAUACUGUUUGCCUAGUUUUAGAUCAUAUUAUUUCUCCGGGUCACUUAGGCUCGGCCCAAAUGGUCAACCCAAAACAAUAAAGUUCACCCCACUUUUAAAAAACCCGCAUCGACCUUCGUUGUACUAUGUGAACCUCACGGGUGUGACCAUAGGUCGAGUCAAGGUCCCUAUAGCUCCAGAGUUGCUAGGGUUUGACCCAAGCACUGGAGCAGGGACCAUCAUCGAUUCAGGCACAGUUAUAACUCGCUUUGUGCCUGCGGCUUAUGAUGCAAUCAAGGAAGCGUUUAGGAACCAAACUCAAGGUCCAUUUACCUCAUUAGGAGCAUUUGACACAUGUUUCUCGGUUACACAUGAAAAUGUAGCCCCUAAGAUGACAUUUCAUUUUAAGGGAUUAGAUAUUGUUCUACCCAUGGAGAACACAUUGAUACAUAGUAGUGCAGGGACAUUAGCUUGCUUGGCAAUGGCAUCCGCUCCUGAUAAUGUCAACUCGGUGUUGAAUGUGAUUGCUAAUUUGCAACAACAGAAUUUAAGGAUUUUGUUUGAUGUUGUAAACUCACGUGUUGGUAUUACUCGUGAAAUUUGUAACUAG